AUGGCCCUCCUCCAACGCGCGCGCACCCUCGCAAAAGAACAUGCCGACCUCUCCGCGACCCUCGAGACCGACUACGACUCCAAGACCGCCCGCCGCAUCGGCGAGCUCUCGAGCGUCGUCACCGCCCUGCGCGAAUGGGAAACCGCCCAGGCCUCCAUCGCCGAGCUCACCGGCAUGCUCUCCUCCAAGGACAGCGAGCUGCGCGACAUGGCCCGCGACGAGCUCACCAGCACCACCGGCCACCUCGCCGCCCUCUCGCGCAAGCUCUCCGCCUCCCUCACGCCCCGCGACUCUUUCGCCCACAUGCCCUGCCUGCUGGAAAUGCGGCCGGGCCCCGGCGGCCUCGAGGGCCGCUUCUUCGCGGACACCCUCUUCAAGAUGUACCGCCAGUUCUGCGCGCGCAAGGGCUACCGCGUGCAGGUGAUCAAGUACGAGAUGGCCGACGCCGCCGGCGACACCUCCAGCGCGGCGGGCGAGCAGCCCCUGCAGGAGGCCAUCAUCGAGGUGCAGGACCCCGGCGCGUACGACGUCUUCCGCGGCGAGGCCGGCAUGCACCGCGUGCAGCGCGUCCCGGCGACCGAGAGCAAGGGGCGCACGCACACGAGCGCCGUCGCCGUGUGGGUGCUGCCGUCCUUCCCGGAGAACGGCAGCGCGGAGGAGGACUUCAACAACCCGGAGUCCGACUUCUACAUCGAUCCACAAGAAGUAAGGAUCGAGACGAUGCGCGCGCGCGGCGCGGGCGGACAGCACGUGAACAAGACGGAGUCGGCGAUCCGGAUGACGCAUCUGCCGAGCGGGACGGUGGUGAGCAUGCAGGACUCGCGGUCGCAGCAGCGCAACCGCGAGGGCGCGUGGAAGCUGCUGCGGUCGCGGGUCGCGCUGCAGCGGCGCGAGGCGCGCGAGGAGGCGGCGGCGCAGCUGCGCAACUCUGUGCUGGCGAAGAACAGAAUCACGCGGGGGGACAAGAUCCGGACGUACAAUUACCAGCAGGACCGCGUGACGGACCACCGCGCGGGCAUCGACGUGCACGAUCUGCCGGAUGUUGUGGCCGGCGGGGAGAUGCUGGAUAAGGUGUUUGAUAGCGUGAAAGAGUGGAUGGUGUCGCAGGACAUUGAGGCCAUGAUGGCGGAGGAGGAAGCUGCCGCCUUGGUGGCGGAGAAGAAGGCGCAGAAGUGA